GCAAAGUAAUAGUUCUGUCAUUCGAUCAAAUUCCCCAACAACAACAUCUCAAAUUAUGGCCAGAAAGAAAAGAAGAGGGAUUAUAGAGAAAAGGCGCCGUGAUCGUAUAAAUAACAGUUUAUCAGAGCUGAGGCGGCUUGUGCCAACUGCUUUUGAAAAACAAGGAUCUGCCAAAUUAGAAAAAGCGGAAAUACUGCAAAUGACAGUGGAUCAUCUGAAGAUGCUGCAGGCAACUGGAGGUAAAGGUUAUUUUGACGCUCAUUCCCUGGCCAUGGAUUUCAUGAGCAUUGGCUUCCGGGAGUGCUUGACAGAAGUCGCGAGGUAUCUGACUUCGGUGGAAGGUCUCGACACAUCUGAUCCCCUGCGCGUUAGACUCGUGUCUCACCUGAGCACCUGUGCCUCUCAGAGGGAAGGCGCCAUGCCCCCCCCCAUGGCCCCCCCCCCCCCCCCCUUGCACCCUCACCACUGGGCAGCCGCCUUUCACCACCUCCCGGCCGCUUUGCUGCAGCCGAACGGACUCCACGCCUCCGACGCCGCCCCGUGCAGACUCUCCUCAGACGUGCCCCCCCACGGCUCUGCCCUGCUCACGGCCACCUUCGCCCACACCGACGCCGCCCUCAGAGUCCCCUCCGCUGGCAGCGUCGCUCCCUGCGUCCCCCCCCCUCAGCAGGCUGGCAGCGGGAGCAGCACUAAACCGUACCGACCCUGGGGGACUGAAGUUGGAGCCUUUUAA